AUGUCGAGAUCGGCGCAAGGCUGGACAGCCGUGCCUACUGAGGAGGAUGUGCCACCAGCCGUAUCCGCAUCCCGGCCCACAAAGUCAGCACAACCCGCAACAUCCACAUCUUCGUCAAGUGCCGCCCCAAAGACCCGGCAGCGCAUACACAAGCCGCCCGAGCCGCUGAAUGUGCCGGAUAUUGAGGAAGAUGCCGCCGAGCGGAAGCGUGUGCUGAAUGUGCUGGCACAGAGACGGUACACCAAGGCGGGCGCAGCGGAGCAACCGCCCGAGGUCCCCGGGGGCGAUGCAGAGAUGACCGAUGCGCACGUGGUCGACCUGACGGCGAUCGAUCCCGCACUCACGGGCAGCGGCAGCAACGACUCGAGCCCCGACGUGGACGAGGCGGUCGCGUUUAUGGAUCUGCCGGCCGCGUCGUCAGCAGCGUUCAUCGAGGGCACGGUGACGUCGUGUCCGCUCGGCGACCUUGACUUGUCGGCCGAGAGCAUGGCGCUGGCGCCCUUUGAAUUCGACCUCAGCCUGAGCACCAGCCUGGCGGCCAUGGCAGCAGCACGGGCAGCCGAGACGGGCUCGUGGGGCAUGGGCACAGGUGCCGUGGUUCUUGACGAGGCCGCCGAGGGAGAGCACAACAACGCCCUAGUGACCACGUCGUCUGCGUCGGCGCCGUCGCCCACACAAAUGACCGUCGUCAACCCCCUGUUGACGUUUGGCACCACCGCUAACAAUGCAUUUACCGAUCUCAGCAGCGUCUCCCUCUCCUCAUCGUCCUAUGGCAUCUCAUCCUCGUCCAACUCGUCCGUCUCGGACCCCCUCUCGCCCACCUCCUACUACAUCCCCGUCACCGAGCUGACGCUGCUACGCGCCGUCAUGCGCAUUUCGACGCGCCUCGGCUGUACGGAGGAGAUGUGGCAGAUUGACGGCCAGUCCCCGUUUGUCGAAAAUAGAAAACCAAAGAAACGCAGCGGCCCAGACGCGAAUACCGAAACGGGCCUCUCGCCACGCAACACCGAAGACGGCCUCGCACUGUUGCCGCCCAACUGGCGCCCCACCCGCGUCCAGCGCGUCGUCCCACACCACCCGGCCCUGGACGUCCUGCCGUGGCCCUCGGUCCGCGAAAAGCUCAUUGGCCUCUUUAAUAUGCCCCUCGACGAGCGGCCCCCGAUUGCCGCCGACCCACUCGCCCUCGUUCAUCUCAUCUACGAUCUGGAGGACAGCGCCGAGGGUCUGCGCAUCUGGGGCUCCGACCCCUAUGACCCCACGUGCUGGGAGGUUGGCCAGCUGGUCUUUGAGCGGUGGUGGUUUGUCUUCGACCGAGACAUUAUCGAGCAGAGCAACCGCUGGCGUCAGCUGCGCGGUGCGUCACGACUGCGGCCCGUGCGGACAGACACACGCACCAAGGGCGUCAUGGACAUGAUCUGGGCCUGA